AUGCGCAAGCCAGUAGGCAUCUCAAAAACCCCGAGUGUUCCCUCCUUCAGCAUCUCCCUCGACCCCGAUCCCAACGACAACCGACCCUCUUCGUCCUCUGGAAUCAGCCAGCCCUCCACCCCUUUACAUCGAACAAACUCCCACACGCUCCAACGAUCCCCUUCGCAAAAAAGACCUCCUGCCUCACAUAGCAGCUACGGCGUCGAGACCAUCUGUGGCCCUCCUCCGUCUUACAGCACUCAACGAACGCUAUCGCAAGACCGCAUCCGACUGGAUCGAAAUCCGUCCACGAGAUCUACCAACGACACAACGCGCGAUUUGUCCCCUUCUAAGGUCAAUGAACUUCCCUCGGCCGCCGACUCUAGUCCAGCGCGAGCGUCGCCCGUGAAGCCAGAUCAGACCCCGUCGACGACCGAGUCUUCGACCGACGAGGCCACCACUCUAGAAGCAUCUAGCCCAGACACCGCAGAUACAGAAAGUGUGCUUACUCCCAACUCUACCAUGAGUAAAGAACAAGCUGCCGCUGUGAACCCAAUCGAUCUGCACCAAAAGGAGAACUCGGAACCGAGACUACUCAAACCCAUAAGUUUAGACGAAGACAGCAAAGGUUCAAGUAGCGACGAGAAGAAAAGCGAAGAUUUGUUCUUGAAUAUUGCAAGGACCGACGCGUCUCGAGGGGUUCAAGUGCAGUCUAAACUUGACAAGAGACGGUCGAGGGUUUCACUUCCUUUCUUCUCAAGUACCCGGCCUUCCACCGGCUACAAAUCUUCUCCCAUACAGGAGCGAUUUGACACUUCGAGCGUGGCCGGUCGAUCAGAGGCACUGAAUUACUACAGCAAGCGAUCUUCCCUCGGGCAACAUGUGCCGGGAGCACUCUCACGGACGUAUGCCCAGGAAGGAUCAGUGCGAGAUGGGGCUCUUGACACGCAGAGCUCCCAUCCCGCGGAUUUGCCUCGAAGGGCCACAUCGAGACGAUAUUCCACUGCAAAUUCGAACACUAACACCAAUACCGAACCGGUGCGUACGUUUUCACGCCCUAGCACGGCUCGAAACAGCGGCCGCUUGGUCUCGGAGUCUGGCUUUCUUGAUCGUCCCCGCGUACCCGAUCACAAUGCCACCGAGUCAACGAUCUCCACAACCGCUCCUUCGACGGUUUGGGACGAGCUAGAUGACCUCAAAUCGAGGAUUAGAAAGCUGGAGCUUACGGGGAAGCUCCCGCCGUCUUCGGCUGCAGCAAUGACGACGUCAGAGAGACCAAAGACCGCCACAACGGCGGCGACGACCAUGUCGUCCUCUCCAAAACAUAAACCGGCAGUGGCCCAAUUGCAAUCCGCGAUCGAAGGGAUUCCGUCUAACAUCCACCCGAAUCUCCAUGAGGCACUUGGUAAUGCCAAAGCUGUCCUCAGUAACGAUGUUUAUCAGAAGCUACAAGCAACGGCUCAGGAUGCCUUGCAAUUGUCCAUGAUGAUGAAUCCAGAGGGGCAUAGCGGCGCUGCCAGCACCCUUGGGAUGUCGUCAGUCUCGGAACGUCAGAUACGUCGACGAACGGAAAGCAUGUGCAGAAGCCUGACGGAGCUGGCUAUUGCAAUCCUAGCGGACCACAAACAGCCUCCUCAGCCUGUAACGAGACCCGGUAGUCGCGAUGCAUUCCAGCCGGCUUCUGCUGGACUACGGAGUCGUCGAUACAGCAAUGAGCCUAACGAUCGUCCUCCAGUCACGUCGCGAGUCCAAUCCCGCCUAGAGACCCGACGAACCAGCGCACCGCUCGGGGCUGCGGUGAACCCGCAGCCAACGUCACCCGAGAACACAUAUCAAACACCUCCUACAGCCUUGCCUCAGAUAUCUAGCUCUUCGUCAGCGCGGCUAGGACGAACUUCUACUACCUUGGUACGUAGCAGGCGAACUCCUGGGUACAAUAUGGAUGGCACCACGGACGACGAGGAAAGUAGUCCUUCAGUCAGACCAGUGAGCCGAGCUAUGACGGAAGUGAGCACGUAUCGCCAAUUGGCAAGAGAUCGAGCAGCGUACUCGAGAGAAUACACCGCCCAACACCCCAUGCCUCAACACCCCGUCCCUGCGGCGCUUGAAACUACCAAUGUGACCAGAAGUCAGCUUCCUUCCCAUAUCAGUACGCAUCUGGUCCCGAGACGCAAAUACGCUGCUCCUUCCUCGAAUGUGAGCAACGUGGGUGCUCAAGAGCAGACCCCUGUGACGCCCAAAGAGCCUUGGGGACGGAUAACGAUCGUCCCAGCGGCUGCAUCUAGUCCGAUAGAAGUCACACCAGAGAGUCAGGUAGCCAUUCGACCUUCAGGAACGCGAAGAAGUCUUGGAUUCACGAGCAGGAUCAGCAGUGUGAGCAGUCGACUUCGAGCUGCCAAAGCAGAACGGAAUGCAGCGACAAGAGAAGCCACCGACGCACGAGGAACGAAAGAUAUUGCACCAUUGAGGCAAGAAUUGGAUAAUACCAUGCCAUUGGAAAGACAGGGCUCCGGCCAGAGUGUUGAAUCUUGA